AAAAUCAGUUGGGACGUGCGUAGAAUGUUGUGAAAACGUGAAAAAUUUCUGUGUUAAUAAACAUUUUUUUAAAGCAAAAAUAUCCGUUUGGUAUUUUUUGCAGUGUUUGCGCAAUUGGCACAAGUAAUAACUGUGCCAGUCUUUAUCGUUAAUUAAUAGUUGAGUGACUUAUUAUCGGCGUAGUUCAUUGGAUUAUGAACUGAACGUGGAAGCGGAUGGACUGCUGUCAUUGUUUUGCCCCGCAGUGGCAUACUGUUGCAUGUUUUCUUUGUGUUUUAUUGCUGACAAACAAUUUAAAAUAAACAUUUUUCUUUGUCACAAUGAGCUGCGAUGGUUGGCUGUCCAAAUGGAUCUACUGCGUUUCGUUUCCGGAAGAAAACACAGUGAACGAACGGACACACCUGCUCGAAGUGAGUGAACAGACGCAAGAGAGUCCGGCGCCGGCGCCGGCCGCGCCGCCGCGGAAGCCUGACGAACAGAGCGCUCUCAACAGGAUACUACACGAGACUGCCACUAACGUAAUAGACGUCGGUGCGCUCGGUCCGUACGCGCUGGAGCCCGGCGCGUACUCGGAGCGCGUGCGCGCGUAUACAGCUCGCGUCGCCUCCGCACCCGCUGUUCCGCCGCCUCCGCCGCGCCUGCUCAAAGACGUGCCCUUAGCGGAGCGGAAUGUCUUACUGUCUAAACCACCGUUGGGCAAUGACGAUAAAGAACUAAUAGCGAACGCCGUGAAGAAGGCAGCGGCUGCGAUAUCGGAACUGCGAGUGGAACACCACGAGGACCUGGUCGUACCUUUCAGGGUGCCAUAGCAAUACCGCCCGCAGUCCAGGCGGUCCUUCUAAACUCACUAACCAUUGGUGGACCUUAUGGUUUCGGAAUAAGGUUUACCAAUUGUCAGUUAUAACGUAGACAGGUUUUCAUUUCACAAUAUAAAGAUAAAUAUAGUCGGUGGGCCGGAAUAAACCGAGAAAUUUAAACCAUAGAUCCUGCUGCCUAAUUGGUAUUAAAAAUAUAUUUGUCGUAUAGGCGAAAAACGCAUACGUUUACGAGAUAUUCUUCACUUUCUAUUAACUCAGGCAAACUCAUCAUAAUUAUUCUAAGACGCUGUGUAGAAAAAGCUACUGAACAAAAUCGUAUUUUGUUCUAGAAAAGUCACUAAAUUUAAAAUGCUAAGGAUGCUGAGAAAACCUUUUUUUUAUUUGUAACACGCUGUAAAAUUCUUUUUUACUCUGUGACCGAGUUGCUUGGAAUUUUCACAGUAUACUUAAAAUAAAUAUUUUAAUAUCUCGUCCUUUCUUCUAUAUUUGACAGGAUUUUUUUUUAAUUUCGUGACUAAUAUGUGUUUAUGUUCAACUAAUCCGCACACACACAAAUUCCAUGUUGUAUAUAAAUUUCAUAGUAUAUAAUAUUCUAUUAAAUGAAAUGAACACAACAAUUCUACACCUAAACUCAGCACUGAGUGCCAAAACGGUUCAUUAUCUGAUACUCAUACAUUAACUGUCAUAAGUUUCAUUAUUCUUAAGACUUGCCUUACGUCGCUUGCUAAGUGUAGGUAUGUCAUUAAUCUAAUAUCUUUAAACGAGUAUUUAUUAUACACGUGACUCAAAAAUAGGGAUAAAAAACCACUUGAAGGUUAUUUUCUCAAACUGAAACUGAAUGCGGGUUUGCUUCUAUUUUUGAGAUACUUCGUUGUUUUUAAAUAAAGCCAUACUAGGAAUGUAUAAAUGAACAGUAUAUGGCCUUAUUUAAGUUAAAACUGCCUUAAGGUGACAGUCCAUUUCCAACCGCAGCUGCACUACUGUCAAUUUUACUAUGGAAAUUGACAGUAACAGCGACGCGUUCAGUACUAGUAGUGCAGCUGCGGUCAGAAAUGGAAUGUUACCCUUAUAGAGCUCUCACAUAAGUUAUUUUGUUAAAUUGGUCAACCGGGGUGAAUGUGUCACUUGAGGUAAAUGCGACUUUUAAAGAUUUCUAAACGGAACAUUUUAGAACUAUUGGAAACCCUCUCUGUUCUAAGUGCGGUCACUGAGUUUUUAAUGCACUCGGCUAUAAUAGUAUAUGUUGCACAUUUACCACAAGAUACGCAUUUACCCCGCUUAACUUUAAUAACUUUUGCACAUAAGUUAUCAUUUUGUUAUUUAACAAGGCGCGUAGCUAAAGCUAUUAUAACAAUGGUAUAUCGUUAAUCGACUUUAACUAAUGAUUGAAAUAUUUACUAUGCUCUGAUCAUUAUAUCUAGUCAUUUCAGUGAGUCAAAAGAGUAAAUUCUCACUUAAAUGAAUAGAAAUAUCUGACGCAAUAAGGCAAAUUAUUCAUACUUUUGUGCAGUCACACGUAAGUUCUAACUGAUUUUAUUUUCACCCAGAAUUAAAUUAUCAUUUUCCCAGUCGAAAUAUAAUUAUUAUAAGUGACUGAAUCGGCUUAGGACCAAAAACAUUUUUUUGUAGAAAAGUCAGUGCAAGGCUACCCUAUUCCAUAGAAACAUCACUUAAAACGGCUCAUACAAAAUGCGUCUUAUGUCCAAGCCUUGAAGUUCGCUUAUUUAAAACAGCUCAUGCAAAAAUGCGUCUUAUGCCUAAGACACAAGGUCCAUAUUUAAAUGAAUAAAAUUCUUUAAAUUGUCUUUAUUUAAGCUUAGGGCUGCCACUUAAAAUGUUAAAAUUGUAAUACCUAGGUGUAGACUUUGGAAUGAGAGUUUUUUGCACUGAUUUCUAGAUAACGUAGCAAUAGAAUUAUUUAAAAUAUUAAUAUUUUAUUCAGUAUUUUGCGCCCUCACCCUCAUACUUGAAGUUUUGUCUCGAUACAGAAUGAGUUUAAAUGAUGGAAUACAAACACUUAAAUAUACCUACCUAUAAAUACAAGACAAGAUCUUAAAUAUAUAUGUACCAUCAACCGGGGUAGAAUAGGGAUAGCAGGGGUGAAUAGGGACUAAACUUAAAAUUGUGAUUUAUCUGACAAUUACUUUAAAACCAACACUAAUUGUAUCUUUCGAUUGAACAGUAGAUUUUGUAUGAUACAAUUUGUGUGGGUAUUUUUUAAAGAAAUUGUCAGGUAAAUCAAAUUUUAAGUUUUGUAUCCUACCCCAUUCACCCCAGCCAUGAUGAGCCGGGGUGAUUCGCCCCGGUUGGCGGUACCUAUUGUUCUCAGAGAGACAAAAAUAUCUGAACCUACCAAUAAAGUCGUGUUUACAUAUUUUUGCCUCAAUGCUCUAUUAUAUAUUAUUUUAUCUUGUCAUAUAUAUAACGCACAGGACAACGUUAACAUAUAAACAUACGUAUUUUAAACACGUGCGUGAUUUUAUUGAUAUUAUUUUAAUUGUUCAUUUGCAAAUUCUAUAAAUGUUGAUAUUAUCAAAUUGAAUACCGUUAAUUUAGGAUCUUUUGAUAGUCAAAACUAAGAAAAAAAUGACGGCUAAAUUUUAUUUUGCAAACCUUCUUUUGUUCGUUGUCCGAUUAGCAUUGAUGUUUUCAGUACGGUCAGGGGCCCGGACAAGUGGGAGUCCCUUUCUAACAAAAGCUGUCAAAAAGUGACAUCCGCUUGUAUUACAAGUUACAAGCUUUUGAGAAACGGGCCCCUGAUGGGGUAAAUAUAACACGGAUAAAAAUAAUACUAAGUUUUUAAUACUCAACAACUUACUCUACACAACACUUAAAAGAAGACUUGUGUGUAGACUUCUUUUUAAAUCCAAAAUAGGAAUGAAGUAGGUAGAAUAAGUUUUUCAGUGUUAAAAACUUUGUCAUAUUUUUACCCGUGUCUUAUAUUGACCAAUUUACCCCACCUGACCCUACCUUAUCAAAACAUAGUUUUUGACUAUCAAAACGACCCUUACCAAUUUUAUAAUUAAUAUGUAUAUUUUUAUUGUAAAAUGGAUAUGCGAUGACUGAUCGAGACUAUGUAGCUUAAAUUGUAAAUAAAUAGCGUAUAAUAUAUAGAAUUAUAGAUGCUUACGUAUAUAUAAUGUAUCGUGACAUAACGCCUGAAAGACAUAACUGUUAUGGCGUCAUUGCAUCAUAAAAAAAAUUAACGACGACAACGCGCAUGUAACACCCCUGGCUGGAGUUGCAGGCGUCCAUAGGCUACGGAAAUUAAAAAAAAAAAAACAUAUUUCGUAAGUUUUACAUAUGCAGGCACAGUCGCCAUCAAGAGCGACUAACGGCUCGAUUCGGAAAAUGAAUUAGAUUUCUACUAGACUUCAACAAGUUACGAUACGGAUAAUUUAAAGAUAUUUGUAUGAUAGAUAUGUCAAAUUUGACGUUUCCGCGAUUCUGGAGGUCCUCUUGAACGAUUUCGACAAGUUAUGACUUACGGCCCGUUUAAAACUUUAAGAUACGUCAAUCAAUAU